AUGGGUUUUGUGACCGCUCACGCUGAGACGCAAUCGUUCGCUCACCAGGCCGGCUGGCUUCAUGAUAAACAUGAUUUGACCAAGUCGAGGACUUUGGCACUUCCUUCGCAGUCGGUUCCCAAGCAGGGUCAGGCCCCAAAGGUCUCUGAAAACACCGAAUCAGCAACCAACUACAAUGGUCCAUCUCCAAACCACAUCGCUAACAAUCUCUGGGGCCCCGUCCGACCCAUCAAGUGGUUCAUGGGACACAUUGAUGUCACCGGACGAUCCAUGUUCAAGUCUAUGGAUCACCAGGGUCAGUACUUUGGUUCUCUGACUCCCGGAGCUUCGCUCAGAUUCGCUAAUGGACACACUGAGCAUCCUAGUGGUGCUUCUCGAUGCUGGAAGGAACGAUUCGCGCUGAUGAUGUGCUCCCGAGAAAUGAGCUCCGAGCGAGCAACCAAUGGACCCUGCGCUAAGGAAGCCUACUUCUUUGAACGAUGCCAGACAUACAAAUCUGAUACCGACAUGCACAGAAACGCGAAAAUUAUUUAUGCCGACGAGUACUUCGGUGAUUUGACAAAUCAGUACAACUCGCAGGCUUUCGAAAACAACUUCGGUUGGAACAAAUUCGGCUUCUCUGGCCAGAAAGGUGGCAUUCCUCACCCAGACAACCUCUCCUUCGGACACGUCUAA